CUACAUGAUUUGACCUGACCCUCCAGAUCCAUGCCAACACACAGCUGAUGUUCAAACAGUGUGGUGUACACAGACAUUGAAUCCACCUGUUUUACACACAAGAUAUUUACCCUUGUUACAGAAACAGAAACGCAAUUGUGAAGCUACAAGCUAGUCUUUUGACUUUCACAAACAAGAGAGAGAUGAAAAAGGAAGGAGAAAUUCACAUUCUGGGGACAAAAAAACACAAGCCAAUGAAUAAAGUGAAAGCAAAAGGAAGCUCAUUUGAUUCUACAAAGUACACAAAGUAGUAAAAAGUGAGCAACUCUGGUCUCAAGACUUAAGGCGGGCUUCUCUUUUGAAUAAGAAGCCAGUAGAGAAGGUGAGAAUUGAGAAACCCACGUAGCCAGUAACAGCCCAACCGUCCCUUAACCGCUAUCCCUCAUCAUUUCAUUCCUUCAAAAUUUCAAACCCUCCCCACGCCAACCCAAGCCCAAACUCUCUGCUUCCUUUGCACCUCCCCCUCUCUAAGUCUCACCCCAGCUGAACAAAUAAGAUCAGCAAAAACAUGAAAUGGGGAAGAAAGAAAUCCAACCCUUCAGUCUCCUCUGCUUCGUCGUCGUCUUCUUCGUCUCGCCUCUCUUCGCUCUCUCAAGUUUUCCCCAUGUCUUGGCUUUCAAAAUUCAAGCAAAUGAGCGGCGAAGCAGAGCCUCAGCCUGCUAAAACCAAGAGAAAAACAAAACCCAGUUCAUUGUCUUCUGGUUCAUCAGUGUCUGUUUGUUCAAGGCCUACUCAAUUGUCCAAAAGGGUCUCCUCUUUCUCGCAACCAGAGGUCCCUGAUGGAAGGACAGGCAGGAGGACUAGAGUAGUAAGCGAGUUGGAUAGUGAUGAUGCUUUCUGGAGGCUCUCUUUCAGAAAAGAGAACUCUGGAGGUAAGAAGACUAGCAGUGAUCUUUCGAAGUCUGUCUGGUAUGAUUCUGACGAUGAGCUUGAAUUCCCAGUCUCCAGCCGCCCAAGCUGUAAAUCAACUUCUACUGCCACUACAACUACUUCUAAAAUGGUGGCAAAGGAAGAAAUCGAGAAGUUUGCAGACAUGGGUUUCAACAUUAAAAUGGUGAGUGGCUCCCCUGCUCAUAUGAAGAUCUUGCCGGAAAAUGGGAUAUGUAAAGAGCAGGAUGAUCGAUAUGAGACCGAGUUUCAAGCACCACAGAAGAAAAAAGACAGGAAAGCUAAGAAUCGAGAAUUGAGAAAAACAGGUUCAAGAAUUUUGAAACAAGCGCAGCCACCGGUUUUGCCCGGUGAAUCAGUGGAAGAGAAUCAGAGUUCUUCGAACAAGGGGCAGAGUACACUAGAUUCGGAACCAGUAAGCAUAAUUCGAACAACCCAUGAUGAGAAUUGCAGGUUUCCAGAUAAUGGGUCGAGGAAGUCUCACUACAUCUCUUCCUCGAAUGUUAUAAACAACGACCCAAGUACAGAAGAAGAGAAUUAUGAAUUUGCAUCUGUUAAUUCAGAAAGAAUAGAUCAAAGCCUCGCAGAGGACUUAGAAUUGAAGUGGAAUACAGCCAAGGAGUUAAAAAUUAAGGAGUUAUUGUCGAAAAGCGAGAAACAGAGGAAAUCUAUUUACAUAAGCAGAGAAUUUCAGAGAAGAAGAACAAAACAGAGCUGUAAAGCUAAAGUCUGUUCUCCAAGAACCCCUUCAAAGGUUGAGGCUUGCAAAAUAAGAGCACUUGAAGAAAUGAAGAAGACCAAGUUGAGAGAGAAGACAAAGAAGAAAGAAAGAGGAGUGGAGGGAAGAACAGGUUUGGAGAAUUUUGCUGUUGCAAAAUGCUCGUUUGAUCCUCAGAAGGACUUCAGAGAAUCAAUGAUGGAGAUGAUAGUGGAGAAUCAAAUGCGAAGGCCGGAAGAGCUGGAGAACCUCUUGGCUUGUUAUCUGUCUCUGAAUUCAGAUGAAUACCAUGAUCUCAUCAUCAAGGUGUUUCGGCAGGUAUGGUUUGAGCUGAAGCAGUCAUGUUCUGGUCACUGAGUUUACAGAAAGAUCAUUGUUGCCAUGAUUAAUUAAUUAAUGUCCAACUAAGAUUAAGGAAUCUCUAAUGCCUUCUGUAAAUAACAUUUUAUCCUCUUAUCAUUACUCGUUAGUUUUGAGUACC